AUGUCGGCACCCUGCAGGUACGCAGUUCGAAGCUGCGCGCGAUCAAUUCGCACCAACGGCUCUUUUCGAUCAUCCACUUCAUUCAUUCAGAGCACUCAGUCGAUACAGCGGCGGCACGAGUCUACCGCAGCGGCUACGAACCCGAAGAUCGCCGGUAUCGUUGACCAGAUUAGCCAAUUGACACUCCUCGAAACUGCCGACCUCGUCAGCAGCCUAAAGUCUCGACUAAAUAUUCCCGAUUUACCGGUUGGCGGCUUCGCUGCUGCCCCGGCUGCCGCUCCCGCCGCCGCCGAGGAGGCUGACGAACCCGCACCGGCCGCCCAGGAGAAGACCCUAUUCAACCUAAAGCUGCAAGCGUUCGACGCCGGCGCGAAGGCGAAGAUUAUCAAGGAGGUCAAGGGCUUGUUAGGCCUGAGCUUGGUCGACAGCAAGAAGUUCGUGGAAAGCGCGCCGAAGAUGAUGAAGGAGUCGGUACCCAAGGAGGAGGCUGAGAAGAUCGUGGCUACGAUGAAGGAGCUGGGAGCUACCGUGGUUAUGGAAUAA